CGGCACACCAGAUAAUUCGUGCCGUCCAGGGAGGAGGGGGUUAAAGCACAUUAUGUGGCCACCAAAGUAAAAGCUUUCCCCUAGCUAUUGAUCCCGCCUGGCAGUAUAAAAGCCAGGGCGCAGGUGUCCCUCCCCCAUCCUCUCUCCAAGAUGAGUUUUGGUUCAGAUCACUACCUUUCCUCCUCUUACAGGAAGAUCUUUGGAGACCCUCCUAGGUCAACCAGCCGCCUUGGAGGGAGCAGCUCUUCCUCCAGGACAACCAUUUCUGGGGGCUUGAGGUCCCACUCCUUGUCCCGCAGCAAUGUGUCUUCUCAAGCUUCCUACAGAAGGUCCGUCCGUCCUGGACUCUAUACGUCUGGAGACAAUGUAGACCUGGCCCAAACUUCAGUCUUAAACAAUGAGUUCAAGAUCAUCCGCACCAAUGAGAAGGAACAGCUGCAGGGGCUCAAUGACCGCUUUGCCAUGUUCAUCGAGAAGGUCCGUAACCUGGAGCAGCAGAACAAGGUGCUGGAGACUGAGCUGGUGGCUCUAAGGCAAAGACAAUCGGAACCCUACAGACUUGGAGAACUCUACCAGCAAGAGCUGAAAGAUCUUAGGGCUCAGAUUGAAGAGCUCAACACCGAGAAGGCUCAGCUCAUCCUAGACAGGGACAGCCUAGAAGAUGAUCUUCAGAAACUCAAGGCUAAAUAUGAAGACGAGAUCCGGAUGAGAGAGGAGACAGAGUAUGCCUUGAAGGCUCAUAAGAAAGACGUGGAUGAUGCCACCUUGGCUCGUCUGGAUCUGGAGAAGAAGGUGGAAUCUCUGCUGGAUGAGAUCUCCUUUAUGAGGAAACUGCAUGAAGAAGAAGUCACCGAGCUGAUGGCUAUGCUCCAAGCCUCCCAGGUGUCUGUAGAGGUGGAGUUGGCCAAACCUGACCUGACUUCAGCCCUGAAGGAUAUCCGAGGCCAGUAUGAGUCCCUGGCAGCCAAGAAUCUGCAGUCUGCAGAUGAGUGGUACAAGUCCAAAUUUGCCAACCUGAGUGAACAGGCAACCAGGAGCUCCGAGGUGAUCAGAGCCAACAGGGAGGAGAUCAAUGACUACAGGAGACAACUCCAGAGCAAGACCAUCGAGAUCGAAAGCCUUCGGGGUACCAAUGAGUCCCUGGAAAGGCAACUGCAGGAGAUGGAGGAGAGACAGAUUGCAGAAACCACUGCCAUGCAGGAUACCAUUAAUCAGCUGGAAAAUGAACUGAGGAACACGAAGGGUGAAAUGGCUCGCCAUCUGCGGGAAUAUCAGGACCUGCUAAAUGUCAAGAUGGCACUGGAUAUUGAAAUUGCUGCAUAUCGGAAAUUAUUGGAGGGUGAAGAGACCAGAUUUAGCACCAGUGGAAUCAGCAUUAUGCCUCCAAACCCAUCCCAGAGUUAUUCUUAUCAGCCUCGAGUACAUAUGUCAUCCUCUUCCAAGAUAACACCAGCUUCGUCCUCCUCAAGGAAAGAUGAAGCAGAUGCAGGCAGCAAAAUAACCCCCAAAACAUCUGCUCACAGAGGGGAAGCCUAUGAAGAAAUCAUUGAAGAAACUGUUGUUUCGACCAAAAUAAUAGAUAAGGCAGAUCAGAAUGAUGGAAUAAAUGGUAGACCCUAAGUAACUAGUUAUUUGCUAAUUUAUCACUUUGAUGUUCAUCUAUUUACUCUUAGAGUUCACAUUUAACGCCUGUAUCAUAAGUGGUCACUAAGGUUUUCUAGGGAGAUGCAUUCAUGUUAAAUAUUACAGGGAGGUUGAAUUAAAGGCUUAUGACCCAAUGACCAUACUGGAAUCACAAUUCCUAGUAUAGCCUACCAGCCUAUGGUGUAAUAGGGAGCAUUGGCCUAUUGUAGAAUAUAUUAAUGGAUCCCAGAAGCAGGGCCAAAUUGAAACAUUCCUUAAAGGGGUUGUCCAGUGAAAGAAACACCCUGUGUUUAUUAAACAAGUUUAAUAAAGCAACUUACUAAUAUAAUGUUAUUAGCUAUAGUGCAGAGAUUGCAGUUUCAUUUUAGUGCAGUUUCAUUAUCAGCUGUGCAUCUGGCUUGUAGCUGUCACAUCACGUACCAUCUCUGAAAUCAGAGCUCAGUUCCCCCUCCCUCCCUCCUGUCUGCUCAGGACAAAACUAGUGAUGUGAAGAGGUGAGCUCAUUUUACAACUCAUUCGAUUUCAAGGCAGCAGGAAGCCUUUCACAGUCACAGUACUUUAUGUAUGAAUAGGCUGCUUCCUGCUGCAUUAUAUAAUGAGAUGUAAUAUGGGCUCUUCUUUUAACAUCACUGGUCUUGUCCUGAGCAGACACUUGGGAAGGGGAGAGCAGGGACAGGAGCUCUGCAUUCAGAGAAUGUGACGUGAUGUCAUAGCUACAAGGAAGAGAGCAGAAGUGAUAAUGGAAGAUCUGUUCAAUAUGGCUAAUAACAUUUAUAAAUAAGUUGCCUUAUUAUACUUUUUUGACAUCAUAAAUAGGUUGUCUUUUUUGCUGGACAACCCCUUUAACCUUUCCUAAAGAAAUGUUUAAUCUUGUUCCGAUUCUGGGAUGUGUUCCUAAAACAUGGUGAUGGAAAACAGAAGAAAGAGUUCAUCUACCUAGAGCAGUGGUCUUCAAACUGUGGUCCUACAUCUAUGCUGGAAGUCCACAGUUUGGAGACCACUGACCUAGAGCUAGUUAAAAAAAAAAGUUGCUCAGUAUCUGCUUUUUUCCACCCAAAAAUAGCACCACUCCAGUUAGGAUGCAAUACUAGACAUAGCCUGUGUAUAAGAGUGGUGCUGCUUUUUCUAACCCUUGCCAACCAGUUUGGGAACAACCCAUAAUACCUACAAAGGCAAUAAAAUAAUUUCUGCUUUCAAAUGUUUAUAACAGUCCUAAGAAGGUUUCUUCGUACACCAUCUAACAGGGAGCAUGACCAUGCGGAUAUGAUGAAUGCAUGAUGCAGUCUUCUAGAUAUCAAGGGUAGACCAGUCCAUAGUGUAUUGUUAUAGCCACCCAUCAAUGAAAAGCACAUCACUCCUUGCUCUAUUGCUUAGUGUAGAACACGUGCACUUAGUUAGACAUUUGGAUGUAUGGUAUCUAAACUAGUAUCUAAUACUAAUGGAGACAUGGGGACCAUCAUAAUAUAAAGAACAUUGGCAUUUGAGGGCAUUUCAAAUGCUAUCUGGAAUAUCACAGUAUAUUUUUUUCAAUAACCAACCAAGAGUUUCUUCUAGAACACCUAGUACUGUAAUACACAAAUACUGUAAGUCACACAAGGUCCUUUAAACUACAGCGCUAGUAGCAGAGCACAAACAGAAAUAUCAGGCUAGUUACAAUGAGAUGACUUGGUGUAGAAGCUGGUAAUAAACUGCAAUAUACAGUAAAGAAAGGAACAACACCAUCUACUUGGAGGAGUCACAUACAAGCUGCAAAUCUAAGUAGAGGCACUUGAAGAAGACUCAGCAUAAUGUCUCAAUAAUGCCUUACUACUAGUGAUACUCUUCCAGUUACUGUCUUGAUGUAUGUUGUAUGUUUGCUGUGUGAACACUGUCAUGGGAAUGAUUAAAUGGCAUUUCUUGGGGUGUUUUUUUUUUUAACACCUAAAAUGUUAAAAUCAAUAAUGACAAAAUAAGUAACAUUGUUAUGCCUGCAGACAAGGUAUGAAAUAAAUGUCAUCAUAUCAAA